GUUGUUGUCGUUGCCGUAGCUCAGCUUUCCUCUCCAAUUCUCCAUAUGGAUGGAUUAGAGACGCCGCCGGAGAAUACAAUCGCCGGGGCAGAUCAAUUGAAGUUACCGGGGUCGGCGAUCGACGACAGGCUGAGCUCCCUACCAGACGAAAUCCUUUCCCACAUCCUCUCUUUCCUGCCAACCGGGAACCGCCGUUCUGAGCCGGCGGUGGACUGAUCUCUGGACUAGGGUUUCCAAUCUCGAUUUCGACAACAAGCUGGCUUACAAGCAGCUCGACAUCUGCUGGAUAAGAGAUUCACCAACGCAGCUAGCGAAUCGAGUGAGUAGAGAUUUUGAAUUCUCUCGCUUCGUAGAUAGGGUUCUUAGCCAGCACAGGAAUCUCAAUGCUGUGAGGCGUUUUCGCUUACAUUUCGAAGUAUUCAGGCGUAAUUGGAGGCUGAGGCCAAAUUUUGUGCGGACGAGGGAAUCUGUGUUUGGGUCUCUGGUUGAGGAAAUCGAUGUCAGCCUUGUGGGGGCAAUGGAAUUCGGAAGUCCCGCGCGUAUUUGGUGGCUUCCAGAGAGCUUCUACACUUUGAAGAAUCUUAAAGCUGUGAAGCUCGACCAUGUUAUGAUGGGUGCGGACGGGCCAGUUUCACUUCCUAGUCUGAAGAUCUUACAGCUUCGACAAGUAGUGAUCGAGGACUUCGAGAUGUUGAGCAAGCUCAUUUCUGGCUGCCCUGCUCUAGAGUCUCUUGAUCUGCAUGAUUGCUUGAUAGAAUACGGCAACGAGAAUGACAUACUCGCUGCUUCCUUGCCAUCCUUGAGAAACUUCAAGAUUUACGUUGAUAUCGGUGGUGAAUUGUGUGAUAUUGAAAUCGAGGCGCCAAAUCUUGAGCACGUUGUUCUGCUAUGCUUUGCGGACGUAAAGUUUCUAGGCAGUAGUCCAUUGUCAUGCCUUCAUUCAGCUCGGGUUGAUACUGGUGAGAGCAGAACCAUCUCAACCCAUUGCCUGAUGGGGUUACUCACCCAAAUUUCCAAUGCAAAGGAAAUGUCAUUAGAUUGGCCGACUCUUGAAUCUCUGUUGGGUUUGGAUGAUGUUCAGUUGCCUGUUUUCCCCCAUUUAACACAUUUGACCAUCCAACCUGUUGGAACCAGCUGCAUUCUGCAUUCCUUACUUCACUCAGCCUCCAAAUUACAAGCUCUCGUCAUCGACUUGGAGAUGGCUGAUUACCCAAUGGUGUGGGAGCAGUUAGAACCCCCUUCCGCCCCUAAGUGUUUGCUGUCCAGCCUAGAGGAAAUUGAGAUAAAAGGUCUUUCAGCAGAUAAAUAUGGUAUAAAAAUGGUAGCAUAUUUGCUCAAGGCUGGAGCUGUCCUCAAGAAGGUGAAUAUACGUGCUCACGCUCGUAUUGACAGAGAAAAAAACAGAGAGCUUGCUUCACUGCUAAGAAGACUGCCAAAAGGCUCGAGUGCUUGUGAUGUUCGCCUUUUGCAUUGUAGCAAAGAUAUGAGCAUUAGUGUCGAUGAUGACGACCACGAGGAAUUUGAGAAUGAGUUCGACAGAGAUAGCUAAGUGGAAAUCGAUGACAAAGACGGUUCUUACUGUGAAUCCAAGGCCAAUGAUGUUUCGGCUUAAGAAUAUAGGAUGUCUUGUGUAGUUAUGUGGUCUCGCCUUCAAAAUCCCAAUUACCGCUUCUUUGUUCUGUAUCUGCA